UGUACUUCUUUCCAACAAUGGGAAGCCCCACUGGUACUCUCUCCAUAACUGUCUGUAUUACGCAGCUUAUGAAGAAAAGAAUCACACAAAGCAGCGCUCAAGAAGCAAUUUUUAAUAUUCAAAGCUUCGCACUUUAAUCUGUAAAAAAGUAUUAUCUUUCUACAGAUUCUGUAGGUUUGGUCUGGAAUGGAAGGAGAGUAGGAUUUGUUAUUACGUGUGAUCAAUGAAAUUAACAGGGAUACAUGCAGUUCUGUGAAUUUGAAUUGAAUUGUAUAGAAAAUGGGUUCUUUAGUGGGAUGCUCUCCUCCUCUCCUACAUAGCCUGACAUUACAGAAGCAGGGGGUUUUCUUUAAUCCUGGAAAGCACAGGAAUCGCAGAAGGGUGUUAGCAUCUCGGUCAGAUGAGGCCUCGGCCAGUGGUCGCAUAGAGGGAAAACAAAAUGAGAGGCCCUCAUCUUCCUCUUUCCUCAACAGAAGGUCUACGCUGGCUCUCCUAGCCUUUUCUGCAAGUCCUUUCGUGUUUGGGUCAGGGGCCUUUGGAGAAGUACCUGUCGACAAAGACGUUACGAAUGUAGCGGAGACAUUCAAAAAUCAGAAAUCAGAAUUUGUAGAUGCAGUAGCUUCUCCAACUCAACAACAAAAUGCAACAUCAGAGUUUACAGAAGAGAAUAAGUCCCAAGGAAGUGCAGUUUUUGGUCUUUUGAAUGAAAUUGGAAUAAUUGGGUCUGGAGUUGCUGGUGCCUUAUAUAUGCUAGAGAGGAAGGGUAGGGUGGCUGCUGAGUCAAUUAUUGAAGCUGAUGCAGCUGAUUUAAAAGCAAAAGAAAUAGCUAUGGCUUCUCUAAGAGAGGAUCUGGAGGGGAGAAUAAAGUUAGAACAAGACAAAAGCCAGAAACUGCAAAAAAAUGCACAGGAAGAGCAAGUUGCACUAUCAAAGGAGCUAAUAUCUGCCAAGGACGUGGCAAAAGGUUUACAAAAGCAGCUUGAGAUAGAGAGAAACAUGGUGCAGGAAAUGGAAGCACAGGUGGAAAUGUUCAAGUCAGAAAUUUUGAGAGUGCAAGAGGAUAAUGAGACAAAAAAAAGAGAUUUGGAGGUAAACAAGAGAAGAAUUAAUGAAUUGGAAGAGAAGGUGAAUUUGACAAAUAUAAAUGUUCAAGAAAAAGAAAAGGAAGUUGGCAACCUGAGAUUUUCUCUAAAGGAGAGAGAAAAAAAUAUUAUAGAAAUUUCUUUCCAGGCGGAACAGACAAGAAAAUUAUUCUCACAGGCAGAGGCUCAAAUCAAGGAACUCCAGCUGGAGCUUGACAACACAAAAAAUGAAUUCUGUCAGAAAGAUUUGUGCCUAAAGGAACUGGAUGAAAAACUUGAUUUGGCUGUUGCAGAAAAAGAAGAUUCUAUAGAGAAACUCAGCAUGCUGCACAAAGAACUCAAUCAAAUGAAACUUACAUUUGAUAAAGAUUUGGCUUCUUCUAGACAAGCCAUUUCUGCAAAACAAGAAGAGAUCAAUCAGCUGAAAGAAAAAUUGAGAACUGCAUAUGAUGAAACCAAGAGAAACAAAGAGAUCGCUUCUAGAUUACAGGAAAAGAAAUUUACUUUGGAAGCGUUGUUGGAAGAAAAAAACACAAAUUUGAAGAACACAAAUGAUGAGCUGCAGAGAUCUGUUGAAAGUUUAGAAGUUUCAAGAAGCCAAGUCGCCAAUUUGUCAAGUGACUUGGCAACUUCACAACAAGUAACAAAGAAUCUUGAGUCAGAAAUUACAAGGUUACAAAAUGACAGAGAUGCAAUGCGUACUGCUCUGGAGGAAAGGGUUCAUGAAGAAGAAGAAACCUCGAGAAAACUGUCCAGUGAAUUGGGUUCAGUUAAGAAAGCAUUGGAUACAUCAAGAAAUGAAAUAUUAUUUUUGAGUAAGAAAUUAAAAGAUAGCACAGUCUCUAAUGAGAAUUUGAAGGAAGAACUAUCCAAAAUUUGCAAGACAGCUGAAACUUCAUUUGCGGCUUUGAAUGAACAAAAAAAAAUGUCAGCAGCUUUAAGCAGCAAGUUAGAGGCAUCUGAAAGGAGUUUAUUAGAAGAGAAGGAAAAUAAUAGGAUGCUUCAAAGAGAUUUUGAGGAAGCCACAAAAUCGAUGGAGGAAAUGAGAACCUGUAUAAUGUCAUUGUCUGAAGAGUUAGAGAUUGCAAAAUCCAAAAUCAAUAAUCUUGAGGAAGAAAGAGAUUCAUUAUAUGAAUCUCUGGAGAAACAGAAUCAACUAACUAAAGAAGUUCAAGAAGGUGCAGAACAUGCAAACAAACUCCUAAUGAGGUUUGAGAAGGAAAAGGAUGCAUAUUUAAAGAGAACUAAGAAGCUUGAGGAAGAAAUAUCAUCUGCAAAAGGGGAAAUACUGAGACUAAGGAAACAAAUAAUCUGGACAAAAGCUCCAUCUAGAGAAGCUCAGCAACAAAAGAAAAAGGAGAUGAAGGGAAAGCGAUCCCAUGGUAAUGACAGGCAACCAACAGAUGUUUCUCUACAGAUAGAGGGCAUGCAAGCAGAGCUGUCCCAAAUUCAGAAGAAAUUAGGUGUUGGAGACCAGGACCAAGUGGCAGCAGCUGGAACAGCAAAUUUGUUAAAUGAGGGAGCAAAUCUAGAAGAGCCUUCUCAAGAUACGGUCACUGUAGCUCCUGUCUCAGCACAUGACACCAAUUAAUGAUUGUGAGUGCAUUAAAGGGUAAAAGGACUCAUGAUUUCAUUAACAUGAUAUUUAUUGUUUAUGAAAUGCUUUUUGCAUCGAAGAAAAGGCUAAUUUGUUUUUGCUACACUUAUGUGAAUAGAGAGAGAGAGAGGGUCUAUCCUCUGAUAGGAUAUUUCAUUCAAUAUAGUCACGAUAAAAGAACAGGUUAUCAAUCAUUUAUGUGCCCUUGUGUGUUGUGUGCAAAUAAACACAUUUGUAUUGUUUGCAAAAUAUAUGAUGCUCUCAGGAGCAUUCAAGAAUGAAAUAAUGAUCUGACACUGAAUCCAUAGUUUUGUUUA